AUGUCUCGGAUGGAGAGGGCCAUCAAGUUCUUCAGGGAUGAAGGUAUCGCAGUCUCCGAACCCGGGUCGCCCGAGUAUGAGAAAGCCAUUGCCACGCCCAACCUCCUGUUCCGUUUCUCGCGCCCCGACUGCGCCGUCCACCCAAAAACGACAUAUAAAGUUCAGACCAUCAUCAUUGAAGCCCGAGACAGUAAGCUCAAGGUGACGGUCAAGGGCAACGGCUAUUCGUAUGCCGACCACUCGAGUGCCUCCUCCGGAAUCUCGCUGGACCUCAGGAGCAUGAGGAACGUCGAGCUCGAUAUGGAGUCCCGGACAGUCAGAGCCGAAGCCGGCUGCCAAUGGGGCUACGUUUACGGCACGCUCGUUAACGGUAGGCACAAAGGCUAUAUGAUCAACGGCGACCGCUGCCCCACCGUGGGGGUGAGCGGGUUCACCCUCGGCGCCGGCCUCGGGCCCUUUACGCGGAGCUUCGGCAUGGGCUGCGGCGCGCUGACGGAGGCGACCCUCGUCACCACCGAGGGGAGUGUGGUGACGGUGUCGGAGGCGGACGACCCGACCACCAACAAGGGCAGGCUGUUCUGGGCCCUCUGCGGCGCGGGCGGCGGCAACUUUGGCAUCGUGGUCCAAACGAAGCUCAAGGUCCAGAAGCUGCGGAACAGGCAUGGCUUGGUGGUGGCCGGGAGAUAUGACUGGUAUCCUGUGGAUGGGUUCACGGACGGCGUAGUAUCCACCAUGGUCGACCUUUACACGGCCAAAUGGCCUGACAAGAUCACCAUGGACACCACGUGGGUGUGCGACCCCCAGAAGAAGCAUACAGGGGUCCGCUUCAACGUCUCAUUCGACGGAAGCAAGCCCGAAUACGACAGGCUCAUCGACAGGCACAUCAAGAGGCCGGAGCUAGCCUGCGCCCUCAAGCGUCGGGUGCUCGCCGAAAAGUCGACGCGGUACCUUUCCGAGACCCUCGCGGCCCAAUGGCUGGACGAAACGGGGCGGGUCUAUCCCACGAAUAAGACGUACGAGCUCUUCAGCCCUUUCGCCUUCAGCAACGGCGACAAGGGUGUCCUCCAGGAGGCGGCGGCCGCCCUUCAGCAGCUGGCGGGCGAGUUCCAGGCCGACUUCGGGAGCGAGAAUGUCAACUUCCGGGCGACGUGGGUCCACUCGGGCGGUGCGGCCGCCGACACGGCCUUCUUCUGGCGACAGGCCGUAUUCCACAUGUGCAUGGCGGUUGAGUGGGCUGACAAGUGGAUGGAGGACGACAUGCGGCUCUUCCUCGCCAAGGCCAAGAGGCUGCUGAGGCCGCUGUCCCUCAACGGCGAGGCCGCCUUUGUCAACUUCCCGGCCCGGGACCUGCCGACCAAGUCGCACGAGCGGGCGUACUAUGGGGACAACAAGGACGAGCUGCGGCGGGUCAAGGAGAUUUGGGACAGGUCCGAAUUCUUCAGCUGGGACCAGGGAGUGUGGUUGCCAGGGGACGACGAGGGCGACGAAGCAGACAAGGGCGGCAAGGCGGGUAGCAUCGUGGGCAGGCAGUGGGACGUUGACACCUAUGACAUUGUGGGGGAUCUCGAGGAACUGGCUGGUCUUGGUUUCUGA